AUGGCUAUCAAACUUUCAUCAAUUUUACGAACUGUUACACCGUUAUUCGGUCAAGAUUAUUUAGAUUUACGGGAAAUAUGCAAAGCAACAAAUAGUUUGUUUGUAGAUAACAAUUUUCCAUUCGAAAGUCUAUUAGAGAAUGUACGAGAUGUCGUUCUACCAAAGAUCGUUUGGAAACGUCCAUUUCAAAUCGUCGAUAAACCCUAUUUUAUUCAAGGUGGUAUCUCAAGGAAAGAUCCACAACAAGGUUAUUUAGGUGAUUGUUGGUUUAUAUCGGCAGCAGCUGCUCUUGCUCAUCGUCCUGGAUUAUUUUCACGAGUUGUUCCACCUGAUCAAUCGUUUGAUGUUGAAGAAGGAUAUGCUGGAAUAUUUCAUUUUCGAUUCUGGAAUUAUGGUAAAUGGUACAGUGUUGUAAUUGAUGAUUUUCUACCGGUCAUCGGCGGAACAAAUCGUCUAUGGUGUGCCAGAUCGAAGAAGAAUGAUGAAGAGUUUUGGGUAGGACUAUUUGAAAAAGCCUAUGCAAAAUUUCAAGGCGGUUAUGAUAAAUUGCAAAUUGGAGCAGCCGCUGUCGCCAUGGCUGAUAUGACUGGUGGUAUUGAACAAGUGUUUCUACUUGAUGAACGUCGACAAGAUCUUGAAUUUCACGAUUUUCUCUAUAAUUUUUUACAAAAAACAAUGAAAUUAGGUUCAUUGAUGACGGCAAGCAUUAAUCCAAAACCAAAAGAGGGAAUACAUUUCAUGGACCUAUUAGACAAUGGAUUAGUUGUUGGUCAUGCAUUUGCUGUUACAGCUGUGACCGAAAUGCAUCAUGGCGGAAGGAUGAUAAAAAUGAUUCGUGUUCGAAAUCCAUGGGGUAAUGAAAUUGAGUGGAAAGGAAGAUGGAAAGACAGUGAUAUUGUUUGGAAAGAAAUAGAUGAUGUGUUUAAAGAACGACAUUCUAUUAAAAUACAAGCAGAUGGAGAAUUUUGGAUGGAUUACUCUGAAUUUUUCACCCAAUUUGACAUUCUCGAAAUUUGUCAUUUAUCACCGGAUAGUUUUUCAGAUGAAAUUCUUACUGAUUCAAAUGGUCUUCAAAUUGGAAAUACAUCCACCAUGCCACCAUCAACCGUACUCAUCAAGACACCGAAAGCAGGUGGACGUUGUGGACGAGCAAAUUGUUCUCAUAAAUGUUACUAUUUUCAAAAUCCACAAUAUGUUAUUGAAUUAGGUACAAAAAAGACGUCACGGUGUGCGAUGGUCGUUGCACUAAGUCAGAAAGAAACUAAAAGUCCAGAAAAAGCACUUGAUGAUCGCUAUGAAUAUAUUCAAGCACGUGUUUAUCAAUUAUUAACUCCUAGUAUCCCCGAACAGGAAGAUGUACCGCCAAUAUAUUUAAAUGAUACUAUUUCAAGUAGGGGUCGAUUAUCGUUACUUCAAUAUCCAAGACGAUUAUCAGUGACUGGUAAAUUUCAAGCAGAAGAUCUUCGUCAAAUUGGUAAUACUGGUGAAUAUAAAAACCGACGAGAAGUAUCAGCGUAUCUUACUGUUGAGCCGGGCCAAUUUGUUAUUAUUCCAUCAACAUAUGAUCCCAAUAUUGAAGGAGAUUUUCUCCUAAGGAUAUUUUCUGAAGAUUUACCUAAAGGUGUUUUUAUUGAUUCGGGCUACGAACGUCAUAAUGAUACGAUAUUGCGUAGAGCACUUAUUCGUUUGACAGCUGCUCUUCCAAAUCUUUCUGAACAGACAACAUGUUCCACUUCAAUAUUAUCUUGUUGUUCAUGGUGUUGUGAAGAAAUUUAA